GCGACCGGGUUCCCGGAAGUGGGCCUGGCUCUGUCGGGACGCUGCGGACUUGCGGGCGGACUAGCGCAGCGAGACUGCCCGGGUCCCGGCGGUCGCGUCAUGGAGGACGAGCAGAGCUUCUCGGAUAUCUGUGGCGGCCGCCUGGCCCUGCAGCGCCGCUACUACUCGCCGUCCUGCCGGGAGUUCUGCCUCAGCUGUCCCCGGCUCUCGUUGCGCUCGCUCACGGCUGUCACCUGCUCCGUGUGGCUGGCGGCCUACGGGCUCUUCACCCUCUGCGAGAACAGCAUGGUCCUCUCUGCCGCCAUCUUCAUCACCCUCGUAGGCUUGCUCGGUUAUCUUCAUUUUGUGAAGAUCGAUCAGGAGACUCUGUUAAUCAUCGAUUCCCUUGGCAUCCAGAUGACCUCAUCCUAUGCUUCAGGCAAAGAAAGCACCACCUUCAUAGAGAUGAGCAAGGUCAAGGAUAUUGUCAUCAAUGAGGCUAUUUACAUGCCAACCAAGAACAAAGCCCAAAGGGACCGUUCCUGUGAGGUACAGAGGCCCAGUGAACUGGACACCUGUUUGGAGGCCCUCCGAGCUACACAGAGCCCUCCUCAGGUAAAGAGAACCACAUUCCCUCACAGCAAGGCAGGGGCCUUCCUGGGGAAGAGAUCUGCACAGCCUUGCCUCUGGCGAAGGGGGCACUACAGGGAGGAGGUCUGACAAACUUCAGAAUUAAAAGUAGAGAGGGGGGUGGUGUGGUGCAAUGGGUUAAGCUGCCACUUGCGACACUGGUACCCCACAUCAGGACACCAGUGAUCCAGCUCUCUGCUAAUGCAGAAGGUGGCCCGAGUGUGCAUGUGGGAGACCCACAUAGAGUUCCAGAUGCAUGGCUCCAACCUGGCCCAGCCCCAUCCAUUGCAGCAUCCAGGGAAUGAACCAGCUUCCUCUCUCCAGAUGAAGUGGAGCAUGGGGACAGGUGUUGGCAGAGCAGUGGAGACACGGGGUGGGGUUCCUGCAUCCCACGGCAUGACUCAAGCCCUGGCUCGCCCCAGAUUCCAGCUUCUUGCUAAUGUGUGGGCUCAGGUAGUUGGCUCCCUGCCACCCGUACAGAAGUUCUGGGAUGCUGGCUUCAGUGUGGCUUUUCCCCACCUGUUGCAGGUAUUUGGGGGAUGAACCAGUCGAUGGCAGAAUGCUGUCUCUGCCUUUUACAUAAAAUUCAUAAACAGAAAAUUUUUAAAUGGUUACAAAAACAAGUUAAUAAAAGUGGAGAACAAGUUUCUAGUUACUCUCAGAAGAGAACAAGAAAUCAGAACUUCGGUUUCUGAGCUUUGUUAUUUUGCUGGUCACCAUUUCCUGUACAGAGCCCUAAAAGCAAAGGCCAUUUUGCUGUCUUUGGGGCCACAAAGAAAGGGACAGUGUGGAGCCCGUCUGGCCAGUGCUGGCGCAGCAGAACCCAGGCACCUUGAAGAGGAAGCUACCCUGCCCUGGGCCUGCUGCAAGGAGGAGAGCAAGUGGGCGCCAAGCUCGGGUCUGCACGUGCAGGGGCUUGAAUUCAGAAACAAAGGAAAGACGGUGCAGUAUCUGCACCAGUUACCUCCUCCCCACUCGCCCCUCUCCCUACCAGCUCAGCGGUGACACAGAGGGAACUCUGCCUGAGCCCUCUGGAGUACUGGUUACAGACAAGGCCACAAACGAGGGGGGCAGGGCCCUUGUCAGCACCAUCCAAAGCCCCACCCACCACCCCCGAGCAGAGUAAAAUGGUUAAGCAGCCGGCAGACCCACCUUGGGAGCAGCCAUCCGGAAGGUCAACUUCUCAAUGUGACCUUUCCCAGAGCUCUGGUCUGGAAUGGAUCUAAUCACAAGCAUGAAGUCAUCCUUGCAGCCACCAAAGGUUGUCACUGCAGUGUAGGGGUAAGUGACGUGCACUUGCUGUGGAGAGGAGCCAGUGAGUUCGGGGCAGUUUCCCACCUGUCUCCUAGCAAGGAGCCAGCACCGUCUCUUCUAGGCACAGGCACCCUCAACCAGGAGGGAGAACCCACAGUGGUCCUCACUCGGAGGUCUGCGUGUUGCAGGUCGAGGAGCUUGUCCAGAGGGAGGGCAGCAGGGCUUGGGCGGGCUGGGGUAGGGCCCUUGGAGUCCAGAGAGUGGGCAGUGCUCAGGUGCAGGGGCAGAGGCGGCCAGCCACCCGUCCUUACCAUGGUGCUGUGGUCCAGGAUGCUGACGCCGUCCUCGUUCACAGCGAUCCAGACCAGAGGGCUCUCCUCCUUGGAAGACAGCUGGGCAGGCUGGGGAAACAGAAAACGCCACCAGUCAUGCCGAGAGAUCCUGAGCUCUGAAGAGCUUUCUGAGGAAGAAGGCGUGUGCAGGGACCUGAGGCAGCGAGCCCUCAUCUUGGGGAACACAAUGACAUUUGUACAGCAUUGGAAAUACACAAGGCUGCUUGUGGCAGGAGCACUCGGCCUGGGGGCUCUGGCCACCUAUCAUCCACCCCAGGGGUCGGGGGGCUCAGCCUCGGUGUACCCAGCACCCAUCCUGCCACAGAAGCUGGACCGGGAGCUCAGAACAGAGGCCAGCCCGGCUGCUGCUGCGGGCAUGAGGAACAGGCUGACUGCUCUGGGCUGAAUUCCACCCACGGCUUCUCCUGGCUGAUGUACAUCUUGUUACAGCCAAUUUCCUAGAGACUACAUGGGAAAGCAAGAAUGCACACUUAAGGACUUUGGGUCCCAGCAGUGAGACAGGGACGACAGGGCAGGCAUUCCCUGCAGUAACUAAUUUUCUCUGCUAUGGUUGCAGUAGGAGAAUCCACGUCUUUUUCCUAUUCAAAAGGCUGGGGAGAGAGACGGACACAUUACCUAUUCUAGAAGCUUUUCCCAACACCCAGACCAAGUGAGACCAGUUACAUGUCUUUAUAAUACCCCUGUACUGUCCCUGCAUUGCCUGUGACAGCUUAUAAAACAAUUUCUAUAAGAAGGGAAGGCGGGGCAGAACAUGCAUGAAGGUACUUUAAAAUGCGUGUCAAGUGCAAUUAAAAGAUGUUUAUGUUGGUACAAAUUUUUUUUUUGAAAUCCAUGUAUAUGAGGGGGUCUUCAAAAAAUUCAUGGAGGGGCUGCAAUGUGGCACAGUGGGUUAAGCCACUGCCUGCAUCCCAUGAGCAUCCCAUGAGCGCCGGUUCAAGUCCCAACUGUUCCACUUCCAAUCCAGCUCCCUGCUAAUGCAGCUGGGAAAGCAGCAGAGGAUGGCCAAGGUGCUUGGGCCCCUGUUACCCACACUGCAGACCCAGAUGGAGUUCCAGGCUUCUGGCUUUGGCCUGGCCCAGCCUUGGCCACUGCAGCCAUUUGGAGAGUGAACCAGCAGAUGGAAGAUCUCUAAAUCUGCCUUUCA